UUUGACUCUUUGGUAAGUGUGAGAACUGAAAAGUACAUUUAUACUGGAAGCACAGAGAUAGAAAGAACCAUCUUCACUUUCACUGUCUGCAUCUUGCACAGCUAGCUAGUACAGCUUCUUCUUCUUCUUUCUCAGAUUCUUGUCUGCACAAUUUGCUUCCAUCUUCUCUCAACCUCACCUCACGAUGCCAAUCAACAAAGACCCAUCAACACCUCCGCCUGUCAUCGGAAAGAUCGGGCCUUACACUGUUUUCAUGACUCCUCCGGCGACUCCAAAACCACCUGAAUCUCCUGCCUCCGUGUCUCAGAAGGCUAUCGUUCAACCGCCGGUUCUUCCUCCGCCGCAGCAGUUUAAAUCGGUGGCUUCCUCCUCUGAACAAGACAGCUCAGUUUUGGGUUUCCUCAAAAACGCCGCCACAAAGGUUCAAAAUGCACACUCAAGCGUGGAUGAUCAUUUGGUGAGAUGGUUUGGGUUAAACCAAUCUAAGUACCAGUGGGCUUUGGACGAGUAUUACCAAGGCAAAGGAUCUGAAGUGAAGUGCGUGAAAGCAGAGGAAAUGCCAGGGAAAGUACAAAGCGUAUAAGCAACCAUACGCUUGAGUCUUUAUGAAAGUCCAUCUUCGAUCAUUGAAUUUAUUUAACCUUGGAGAUCUUUUUUGGUAUAUUUGAGAAGCUAUUGUAGUUCUUCAUUUGGUGUUGUGAGUUUACAAUAUAUAUAUAUAUAUAUAUAUGA